GAAGUGUCCAAACUUGCUUAUAUGACUCUGGGGUGACCCCGAGUAUACGCUAUAUAACUAAUUUCAUUUUAUUAUUAAACCAUAACCAUGUUGUAUAACUUAAAGAAUAUAAAAAAAACAAAUAUAUUUGUUUAUAUUCAUUCAUAUUCUCUCAUAAUAUAAUAUAAUAUAAGUGCACUAUAUUAAAUACAACAACAGAUAUAUAAUAUUUUCCCAAUUUUUGCGUCGAGAUAGUAAUGCUUACUUCCAUCAAAAAGAUAUAACAUUUUUUUAAUUAUUAAAUAAAAUGUUUCUAAUAAAAUCUGUAUUAGUUUAUACGAUAUUUUUUUUAUUUUUAAUGUUAAUUCUCUUACUCUACAUACUUGGAGCUGCUCUUUACAUUACGGAUUUUGAAGACAAUACUUGUGAUAUGACAUAUAUGUUUGAAUACCCACAGUAUGUGAGAAUCUCUUUGGAUAAUGAGAUACAAGAACAAUAUCCAAGGUAUAGAUUAUAUGCCUAUGGAGAAGGUUUUGUUACCGAGAAGCUUAGAAGGAUGUACUUCUCAGGAAUACCAGUACUUUUUAUACCUGGCAAUGCUGGAUCUCAUGAGCAAGUAAGAUCCCUUGCUUCUGUCAGUUUGAGGAAAAGCUUAAAAGAUAGGACUCCAUUUCAUUUUGAUUAUUUUACUGUUUCAUUUGGCAAUGAUUAUUCUGCUUUAUAUGGAGGUGUAUUAAUGGAAGAGACAGUAUAUGUUUCACACUGUAUACAAAAAAUAUUGAGUUUAUACAAAACUAACAUAGAUAAUAUUGUGCUCAUAGGACAUUCAAUGGGAGGUAUUAUAGCUAAAGGUUCUAUUGUAAUGACACCAAAUGUAAAUGCUACUGUUGCAAGCAUUAUUAUUGCUUUAGCUACUCCUCAUACAGCUACUUUGAUAUUAGACCACACUUUUGCCAAUUAUUACCAGAAUCUAGAAAAACGCUUAAGUGAGAUAAAAGAUGCAGGGACAAGUGUAGUAUCAAUAGGAGGUGGACCACGAGAUAUACUUAUAACUUCAGCUCAAAUUCUAGAUCCUACAGCAGAUAUUAAUGUUCUUUCUAAUACUAUGCCAGAUGUUUGGAAAUCUACAGAUCAUUUGAGUAUUUUAUGGUGUAAACAAUUAGUACUGUCUGUUGUACGUUCAUUAUUUGAUUCUGUUAAUUGUACACAAAAACCACCUAAAAUUUUUUCUACAGCUAAAGAAAGAAUGCAAGCAUUAUCGUAUCACUUUUAUCAUCGUACUUCUGGAAAAAGAUUAUAUUCUUAUAAAGAAAUAAUACAAUUUGAACCUAGUAAUGAAUGGAUAGAGAACAUUCAAAGGCAUUAUGUAUGGACCAACAGAGACUUGCCUAAAAGAACAUCUCCUAUCUAUCUUAUGAUUAGAUUGAGUGGACAACCAAAUUAUUUAACUAUUGAUACCAUUAAUUUAGAAUCCAAAGAUUGGUUAUUUGCGUGUACAGCAUCCAAUAUACAAGGACAAUCAAGAGUUUGCAAUUGGGGUUGGAACCUGACAAACAGAACAAGAAUUUUACCAGAUCCUUUACAUCGCUUAAGAAAAACUGUUGACUUAAAUUUUCAAGAGAUAAAAUACCCCGAUGUAACACAUAUUAUAAUAAGGAUUACACCGGACAGUUUAGAAAACUAUAUUACUAUAAACGUUGAUUUAUAUUCUUACAAUACAAGACUUGUACCUAUUAGGAGUACUUUACCUUUACUAAAAAAUUUAUUUAUAAUACCUCAAACCAAAAAAAUGUCUAAUCUUGGACAUGUUAGAUACUAUGCCAAUUUUGAAAGCGCCAUGGAUGUUGUAGCUGUUGAACUUAAAGCAUUUGAAUGUACAGAUCCAAAACAUCAUGCAAUAGUUGAAUUAUUAGAACCAUGGGGUAUUGUAGUUACACAAAUUCAAUUUUUUACGGUCGUGGAUAAUGGGCCGAAAUCGAUGAAAGUCCAGACUGGAUAUAAAUAUUCCAACGUUUUUCCAAAGUUAAGGAUAACUCUAGAUCCUGCAUGUUCUUACAUAAUUAAUAUUGAAGAAGGUGGAAUUAUAGAUCGAAUAUCUUGUAUCGUAAGGGAUCGCUGGUACCUGUUAUAUACAACGAUUAUUAGUUUACUUUUAUUGUUUUUAUCUACAAGAAUUAAUCAUGGUCUCAAACAAACUCCAAUAAUAGUAAUUACAAUAUACCUCUCAUAUUGUUAUAAUUUAAUGUUUGAAUGUUUAGUUGCUUUAGCAAUUGUUUGCGUAUUUACCAUUGGAUUAUGCUGUUCCAUUAUAUUUCUUGGUUCGGUAGCUCAUAGUAUUGCUGUGAGAUUUCUAGCUCGCGCAAUAGCCUUUUCAACAACAUGGUCAGAUUGGCUGCUUGGUGGAUUGAGUCAGUUACCUUUUAUUACUGCAAUUCUUGUCUUAUCUUUAAUCCCCGUAACUUGUGGGGGUUUAGCUAUGCUAAUUUCAGUUUUUCUUUAUUUUUUAAAUUUGACAAAAAUCUAUGAAGAUUAUUUAGAAGAACUAUUAAUGGCUUCAUUACAACAUUUUAAUUGGAUACGACGAUUCAGAAAUACGAAAAAUAAUUCAGGAGAACAUGAUGAUACAAGACAAAAAAUAUUCAAUCAUCUUAUUCUAUUCAUACUUUGGUGUUUUACUGCUAUUCCAGCUGUACCAUCUGUACUUGUUUGGGCAAAAAAUUUCAGUUAUGAUAUGAGACUUUCUUCCGAAGAUCCUUUGUUACUUCAAAGUUGGAUAGUUUUAGUAACAUGCAGUACAAUGGGAUGGGUGCAACUUCCUUCCAAUAAUUAUAAAAAUCGAUCUCAAAUACUAUCCAGUAUAUUAUGUUUCUUAGGUUGGGUUGUACUUUUAAUGGGAGCAGCACCUCAUCCAGCUUUUUAUCAAUAUUAUAUACCACCUAUUGUGGCUGGAGCUAUUACUAUUAUUGCAUUAAAUGUAAUUUUUCUUUAAA